AUUCUACUCUUAGAUGUAGUCUAUCCUAUACUUAGACUACAUUACAUCAUCUGUAAUUGAUCUGAUUGGCUAAAAACAGUAGAUUACAUGGAAGCAUAAUCUACAAGAAGGUACUUAUUCUACAGGAAAUGGGCGCAUAUUCUACAGGAAGUGGACACAUAUUCUACAGGAAAUGGACGCAUAUUCUACAGGAAGUGACAAAUAAUUUGCAGGAAGUUCUCAAAAGUUGAAAUGAAAUUUGUAUAGGAUAUACCACACCUAAGAGGAGGAUAUGCACCCAUAUAUCCUCCGCUACCGUGGUUACUCCGAGGCGGAGCCGAGGGGUAUGUAACCACGGUAGCGGAGGAUAUAUAGGGUGCAUAUCCUCCGAGUAGGUGUGGCAUAUCUGACUUAUACCACGUGACCGGCAGCACUAUAAAAGGACCUCCCCCUAGCAACAAUUCAAUCACGAUGCCAGACUGCAAAAAAGAACAGGACUAUGCCGGAUUUUGCAGCCGUCAAAGAGCUAGUUGAGCAACAUGUUGACUCCUACAGAUGCUCAAGAGCUUCCUUGGUCCAAGCGUUGACCAUUCGAUGUCCCUUACUGGAGUUGCAAGCUCUUCUUGGAUAAAAUCUAUCUAAACCGCGCCCAUGGAAGCUUAGCCAUCUUGUUGGACAGCACCUUCCGUGUUUCUGCCGUCGCUUUGAGUCUUAGUACCGUCAAGCAUGGCUCUUUUCUCUUUGCUUACUUUCUUGAACAAAUGAAAAAACUUAAAAACAACUUGAAAAACUGUGCAUGCCUGGGGCUGUAUGCUAAUAUUCUAUAUAUCCUACAGCUGUUGACCAAUGAGAUCAAUUUGUGGUGACGUAAGUGUGGUAUAAUUAGUGAAAGUGACAAGAAGAUGACAAAAACAUUAUAAAAACACAGAAUGCAAUAGUUUGUUCAGUCAAUAUCCAUUCUUUCCAUGUCCACUGUUGCUUUGUAUUGCUUUUUCCAGUUGGGCAUGGGCAAGGGGGGCCAGGAAGCAUCAAAAACACUUUAGCAGUCGCUUGACACUUUCUAUUGAGUUUUUUAAGGUUCCAUGCCGGUCCAGUCUGCUCUAUACCCCCUCCACUCCACCACAGAGCUUCAUUCUUCUUCUUGUAGUGUUGCAGUCAGUUCUAGCAUAGUUUUAGGUUCUUUUUACUUGUCUGUUCUUUCCAGUAUCUUCAAGAAGCGUUUCACAAGCUUUACUAAGUUUUUUCAUUGUUUUGAAGCCGUCUUCUUAUCUUUUUCUGUCAACUGGUGUCUCUCACAGCUGUCCAGCUCGUCCAGCUCGCACAAAUUCAAUUUCUGUUGCUACGCACCAAACCUGGCUUUUUAUAACCACGCCUCGCGCAUGCGCAAUGAAGUCCAAGUUAGAUAGACCACACCCACUCGUAGAAUAUGCGUCUUAGUAACCACCUUGGUUACGGUUAGAUUCCCUCGGCUUUGCGCCUCGGGCUAACCGCAACCGCGGAGGUUACAUAGACGCAUAUUCUACUCUUAGAUGUAGUCUAUCCUAUACUUAGAUCAUGUUUGUCAUAAAUACUAAUUAGACUACAUUACAUCAUCUGUAAUUGAUCUGAUUGGCUAAAAACAGUAUAUUCUACUCUUAGAUGUAGUCUAUCCUAUACUUAGAUCAUGUUUGUCAUAAAUACUAAUUAGACUACAUUACAUCAUUACAUAUUCUACUCUUAGAUGUAGUCUAUCCUAUACUUAGAUCAUGUUUGUCAUAAAUACUGCAAUCUGAUUGGUUAGAGGAAAUGUUCUAUCCAAUUUAGAAAAUCAUGUACUUCAAUAGAAAAUCAUGUACUUCACUUAGAAAAUCAUGUAGCAAAGAUUAGAUAAGAACAUUCAAAUCUGAUUGGCUAAAUACUCAUGGUUGCUAUGAUCUAAAAUGCUUAGACACUGUUUAGGAAGUUUCCACAUGAUUUAGAAGUCCUCAGGGCUAGUAGAACCCUCACUGCGUUGGGGAUACUACAACCAGCCCUUUGGGCUUCUAAAUCAUGUAGAAACUUCCUAAACAGUGUCUAACUAUUAUACAAAUUUCACAUGAAAAUUUCAGCAAAUUUUUGAUUGCUAACCUAUGGUGAUCGGACUCAGUACGGCUUCUGUUGACCUUCGAGAGAAGCCUUGCAAAGCUGUGGAGCUCUGGAAGGUUGUAGCUCACCACAAAUUAAUUAAGAGUAGAGUAAUGUGCGGUUGACGCUUCAAAGCGUCAACCGCGGCUAUUCGGAUAUAGCACAGGUCAAGCCAUAGUAUGGCUGAAGUUACCUAAAGCUCAUGCAGGGGCGGAUCCAGGGGUGAUUUUGAGGGGCUGAAGCCCCCCCCUUUUGAAAAAACUACCAUGUGUUGUAGUCUGACUCUACAACAAUUUUGCCACCAAUUAUGCAUCUGUAGACUCACUUGAAAUCACUUGAGAGAUGCUAGACAACAGCUACUAGGAGUAUAAAGGAUCUAGGGUAGCUAGCUGGACGUACCUAGCUAGCUAGCUAGCUGUUGGUACGUACGUACAUCUGAUCAGUACAGUACAGUAUCACCAUAGUAUUAAAAGUAAGUGCAGAGGUCAACGUAUUCUACUCAUUAAUAUGAAAGUUCAAAGGUCAAAUCUUGCAAAAAAAUUCCCCUCCGGCGAGGCUGCCCUGGGCGGCUCUGCCGCCCUCGUAAGGGGCUUCGCCCCUUUCUAGCUAGCCCCCCCUUUUGUUUUUCCUGGAUCCGCCCCUGUCAUGCACCCUCCACCUAGUAACCUGAAACGGUCCCUUUUAUAUAACACUGUUAAACAGAUUCAGCGGUAGGCAGAAAAUGUUUUCAUGCGUCUGGAGCAUUCCACAGCCACCACAAGUAGUUGAAACUAGUUGUCCUCUAAAAGAAGUGAUGUGUACACCGAAAGGAAUGCAACAAGGAAUGCAACAAAUCAGUUGUUACACAGCUCACUCGUGCACACAUUGGAUAUAUUGGCACAGUAGUGCCUUUGCCCUCGAGGCCUGUGGCCCUUGGGCCUAAGUCACUACUGAGCCAAUAAUUAUAUCCCAUGCAUGUGGCACUCCUGCAUGUGUCACAACUAUAAUGUGGAAAGAAAAGGGACCGUUUGAUAGAUCCUUGUAGUAAAACCUCAGUGAGGUUCUAGGAAAGCUAUAGACAGUGACAAUAUAUCAAUGCUUAUGGCCUUGUAGAGUGAGAGGGCAGUGACUGGGAUCAUAGCUAGAUAACGAGCUACCUCAAGCUAGAAAAUAUAGAGCCUGAAAGGCCUGAGGAAGAAGCUCUUGUGAUGGACCAACUUCUUGGAUCUGGUAAGUCUAGAGUAGCAUCUGUAGUCUUGAUAGCUUCAGUAUAACUGUAUUUAGGCUAGUUAGUACAGCAGUGGACAUCAUGAGCCACCAUUGAACUUGUAAACCUGAGGUGAAGAAAACAUUUCCCGGGAAAAGGACGUCUGCUGAUACGACCUCGCAGAUAACUUUCUCAGUCUAAUGGCCAAGGUGCCUUUUUAAUUAAAAUCAUGGUUGAACUUCCGGUCUUCCUGAGCUCUGCGGUUUUUGACUUCCAGUUUCUACUUCAACUUUGAGUGGUCCUGACGUCCUCUACAGCUAUGCUAACAAUUUCUAACAAGCACAGAGCUCUUUAGUAGCCUUUCUACAUUCUAAUGAUACCCACCAAUUAACAGCUUAAGCCUGUUUCUUGUGUGUGUCCUGAUUCUUCCACAGCAUACAUUUUCAGACACAAAAUUAGUGCACGUGUUCAUGCUGUGCAAAAAUCCAGUUCCCAGCAUUAUUUUGCUUAAAUUUUUUGAAGAUCUGUGGACCAAUGCCCAUCAUUUAUUUAACAAAAAAAAUCUGGCUGUUCCCACAUAUAUUCAUAAAUUUACAGCUGAUUUUUACAAGGCCAUGUGGUCAUCCUGAGGUCCACUGAAUCAACUUUGCUGAGAAUAAUUAUUAUUAUUUACAAGGUGAAUUGAAACAAAUUAUGCAAAAUUAUGGCAUGUCAAAUGCAUUAAAAUAGGUCAUUAAUGAGUCAGCAUAGAGCCACAAGAGGGAGCGGAGCUGAUGUGCGACCCGCUAUUUCAAGUGUUCACCAAGGGCAGCCUUGUCAACCAUGCAUCCUCUGCAAACGAGGUAAUAUGUCGAAGUAUUUCCAUCCAAAGUCAUGGAAGGAUGGCUCACUUCUCAAGAAGCUUCAAGAAUUUGAACCAGCUCUUGGCAUCAAUCCAGAUAGCUGCAUUUGCAGAAAUUGCCGGCAAGAUGUGAGUUCCAUUGGCGAGAGUAGUUUUGUACCUAGAUGGAGAAAAAUAAAUGAUGAGAAUGAAAAAGAGCAACAGUGUUAUGUUUCAGAAUGCAAUGAAUGUGAAUGCAAAAGUACCACAUUAGCUGAUAGAGCAACAAUAUGCUCAUUGUUUGAUAUGAAUAUAGAACGCAUUGAAACACCAAGAGGUACUGAUGGCAUACCUCUUUGUACAUACCACUACGGCGUCCUAUAUCGAAAAUUGAACCCGUCCCACCUCAAAUGCAAAACGUGUAGUAAACACAUAUCAGACUUUACAAAAAGCCGAGUUGUCUCAGAGCCUGACAUAAUAGAGGCGUUCCUCUCAGAGAACACUGUCACUAGUAGUAAUGAGAGCAUAUCAUCUAGUGACCGAGUGUGUUUUACGUGCUACAAAUCCCAUCUCUAUUUACUGAAGCGACUAAAGGGGUCAGUCAAAAGCACAGACUCUGACCUUCAAUUGCUACUUGAUAAGAUUGAAUCCGAUAUACCCAUAUUAUCUAAUGUCAGAACAUCGGAUGAGGUCCUAUCAUACGUAUCUAGUCUGUCAGCCAUACAUGUUGGCAAAGCGAUUUUGAAACAAACAGCUCUGUUAUUGCCUGAAGUGUAUGAGACAUUUAAGAUUAAACUAUCAAAAAUGGCUUCAGAGAUGAACAUCACUGUUGACUUUCCAAACUCAAUUUGGCUAAGAAGUGAGCUCUCAAAUAUGCUAGAACAUCAUAUGGCUUACAAAUGCUCAGUGAUGAGGAUAGGUACGAUUCUGUACCGCCAUGGAGGAGACAUUUUCUAUGCCCUCAGUGUUGCUCUAGGUCACUGCAGACGUCACGAAACAAAAGACAAAUUGUCUGAGGUAUGCCUCACUCUAAAUGAAAAAUGUCACAAGUCAAUUAAUGAAUUGAUUGAACAAGAUUCUGGACAGCCACAUAAUAUAGAGAGCAUUGACAUUAACAAGUUCAUUAAUAAACUUGAUCCAGACAUUUGGAGAGCUAUUUCAUUGCUAACCAAACCUCUCUCAAAGAAUUUAUCUGCGAUAGUACUGCUCAAACUCCAGGAAUGCUAUCUCAACCAGACGCUGAUGGAUUCCUCUCCUUCAUUAGGCUGGUUGGAUGUGCUUACUUCAGAAAGCACAAAUCAGUAUUUCUACCUUCAUUCCCAACACCAAUGUCACUAUUUAACUCACUUCUUGAUAGCAAACAGCAUGCCCAAGUACACCACAGUGCAUGGCUUUCUCUGAUGAGGGAGAAAAUCUGGCUCCGUAUAAAGUAUGAAGAAGAAAUGAUCCCCUCCUAUGACGCACUUGACAGACAUUGGAAACGGUCCUGUUGGGUACAAUGUGUGUGGAGUCAAGCAACUUCCAACAAUAUCACUUACCCAGUACUAGACGGAAACGGAUGGAAACAGGUUGACACAAGUACAUUGGCCAUCGACUGGGACAGUGAGAGCAAUGUUUCGGUGAUCAGAGACAGAGUCACCUUGCUUCAAAAGGGAUGUGGUUGCAAAACAGGCUGCCAAACAAAUCGUUGCAAGUGCAGAAGAGACAAGCAUGAUUGUGGUCCUGGAUGCAAAUGUCAAGGGUGCACAAAUGUACCUCAAACUUCUCAGACCAGUCACGAACUUAACCUCGACCAAGAGAGCUCUUCAGAAUCUGAAGAUGAAUUUGGCGAUUCUGAGGUAGACGAUAUAAUGCGAGAUGUUUUUGGAGACAACAGAGACACCGAUAACGAAUCUGCAGAAGAGACAGAGGAUAUGGACUUAGACUAAUACGAAUCGUGGAACUCUGUACAUACAAAAUGAGCAAUUACACACCUACUUUUUAUGAAGGUAUAACUUUUUAUGCGUAUUAGAUCACAAAUUAUAAAAUGUAUUAAUGUAAUACUCAACCUAUGCUGUCUAAGCCUGACAAACA